AUGUUAAUAUAUAUUUUAUUAUUGGGGUUAAUUAAUACUUAAAAUGGACCCGUUUUGAUUGAGAAAUUCGGAAGGAGCAAGAAGAAAUAGGUUCAAGCACCUCCACCAGAUUUUGAGUGCAUCGAUGAACUUGAUGAAGAUGAUGCCCCGCCUAAGGAAUACCCAUUGAAAGUGGGAUCUUUAUAUCAUUUAUCUGAUGGGUGGUAUUUGAGAUCAGAGGAUUCCACCAAUUAAUAAGUGACUCUAAUAAACAUGAAUGAUAUAAGCAGAAUCAAAUUUGUUGAGAAGGAGAUAGAAGCAACAUUACCUGACAAAUAGCCAGAACAGAAAUUAAAGGACAUGGAAUGGACACCUUUAUUGGCAUUCGAACGAUUUCCUAGGUAAAGAGGAGGUCAUUCAAUGCAUUCAAUAGGAGAUUACGUAGUGUUGUUUGGAGGUUGUUUGUUGAACAUUUAAUGCUUCAAUGACUUAUUUUUAUUUAAUGCAAGGACACGUAUAUGGACGACACCAAAGGUAUUUGGAAUACCUCCAGUAGGUAGAAGUGGAUUCGGAUCACUGGUUAAUGGAGCAAGACUGUAUAUAUUCGGAGGACAUACUAUGUAAGGGUUGGUCAAUGACUUAUUUGUAUUUGAUUUGGAGAGUAGAAGUUGGAAUUAAUUGUCAUGGCCAGGUUAAGCACCAACACCAAGGGCAGGUCAUAAAAUGGUAUUGACAAAAUUGGGAGGUUUAAUUUUUGGAGGGUUUGUUGGAGAAGUAUACACAAAUGACAUAUUUAUUCUGGACUUUGUAAAUGAGAGAUGGGGAAAACCAUCAGGUGGUGGAGAUGUGCCUCUUGGAAGAGAGAGUUUCUCAAUGACUUAUCAUCAUGGGUUGACUUAUGUUUUUGGAGGUUAUGCUAAAGGAUUGAUAAUGAAUGAUCUAUAUACAAUCAAUGAAGAUUUGAUUUGGCAGAAAAGGGAAGUGGAAGGUGAUAUUCCUAGUCCUAGAUAAGGAGCAGCUAUGGCUGAAUAUGAUAAUAGAAUAUUUAUAGUUGGAGGAUGCAAUCCCAUAUUAUUUGAAUGCUAUAAUGAUGUUUAUACAUUAGAUACUCAAUCGAUGACCUUUGCUAAUGUGACUGUGGAGAAGAAAAGAAAUUUAAGACAAGUUGCUUAUGGUAGUAUGGUAUUCGCAGGAUCUUUAUUGAUUCAUUUUGGUGGAUGCAAAUUAUUAAAACAUUGCAGUGAUUCAUUAAUAGGAUUGGCUGUGGCAUCAGCUGAAACAUGUCCUCCUUGUAAGAAUGAUGGAGAGUGUAGAGCUGGUCAUUGCAGUUGCAAAUAGGGUUGGCAAGGAAUUGAUUGUACUUAGAAGGUUCUCUGUAAGUAAAAUUGUUUGGAAUAAGGAAUAUGUUUAAGUAAUGGAUAUUGUAAAUGUUAUCCUGGAUACACAGGAUCUGUUUGUCAAUUGAAUGUGCCAUGUCCAGGUAAUUGUACUGAUGAAGAACAUGGUAUAUGUGAGUUGGAUGGAAAAUGUAAAUGUUUUGAAGGAUUCUCAGGUGUCACAUGUAGUGGUAAUCCUGAAAUCGAUAGCAAAUUGCCACAAUCAACGGGAUGUUUGGAUGAAUGCAAUCACAGAGGUUAAUGUAAUUUUGAAACUGGAUUGUGUGCAUGUGAGGAUGGAUUCAGUGGUCCUGAUUGUUCACUUGUCUAAGGAACAGAAUCUGGGUAUACUUCUAUUUGGGAUCUAUUAAAGGAGUAUGACGGUGAACACGAGAAUGAUUUAGAACCAGCAGAUGCAGGAGAAGAGGAUUUAAAAGAAUUUAUUUCGACUGGAUACAAAUUUAAUCAAAGGUAAGAAGGACCAAUGCCAAUGUUUGAUGAUGAUAUUGAUAGAGUAUAUUAUGUAGAUGUAGAUGAAAAUGGUCAUGUUGUAGACGAUAAUCAUCAAAACAAUAAUAAUUAAAAUGAUAAUGCUCAACAAUAGGAUCCUAAUAAUGAAGAUAAUAGUAAUUAUCAAUAAUCAUUACAAUCUGAUCCUAAAUUUAAACCUUACAAUAUUUAAGGAGAGAAUACCAACAAUCUCAAUAUCUUACAAUCCAAUCAAAAUCCUUUUUCAUUCAAUUUUAUGAUGGUACCUCCCAAGGUUUCAUCCAAAGAAGAAGAUCCAUUUAAAUUGUUGUUAUUAGAUGAAUGUCCUAAAAGAUGCUCAGAACAUGGAGUAUGCAUUGAGCAUGAGUGUUAUUGCUGGUUUGGUUACACUGGAGAUUGGUGUUAGGCUGAAAAAGUCAGUGAUUUCUAUAAGGGAUGGACAAAAAAGGGAGUGAUUUAGGCAUGCGUCAUAAGUUUCAUAGUGGGCAUGAUUAUCGGCUAUGGCAUAGUGUUGCUAAUGAAAAAGAGAGGAAAUAAUGAUGAAUUUAGAAAUAUGUCUGAGGUUCCAAGUCAGAAUAUUGAUGACAAUGAAGGAGAAGUGGAAGAACUAAUUAUAUGA